AUGGAUCCCAAUAACAACCCCAAUAACCGCAACAACAUGAAUUACGGGUACAAUGAUCGCAACUAUAACGCGGCUAACAACCGCGCGUAUCCCACCACUCCGUCCGCUUUUCCCCAGCCGAUUUAUCAGACUCAGGGGGCCCAGGACCAUGUCGACCCUUCCAACCCUGCCUACGCUCCUGGCUACUUCAUGGCCAGCCCAUACCCACCCCAGAACCAGAAUCAGAACCAGAACCAGGCUCAGGCCCAGGCCCAGUACGCCCAACAGCAGCAAUACGCACAGCAACAACAAAACCUGCAGUCGCCGCAGGCCGCCUACCAGAACCGCAUGGGCUAUCAAAACGACGGCACCAAUGGUCUGAUCCAGCAAUUCUCCAACCAGGAUCUCAAUGCCAACCGUGGAGGUUUCUUCGGUCGGACAAACUCGCCUAGUCAGCGGCCCCGUACCGCGGGGGGCUCCCCGGCCCAGGGCCAGGCCCAGGCCGCACACUUAGUUCCUCCCGUGCCUCGCAGCCCUCGUCCGCCGGCGGAGAAUGAGGAAUUGCAGCGAUUCUCUGACCGUUAUUCCGAGAAUGUGCACAAGCGGGGUAAGGCUGCAAAGGAAUUGGUGACGGUCUUCUUCCACGAGAACAUCGAACGUGCCCGGGACCGUAACAUGCGAUCCGUGGACCUUGACAAGACCCUCCGAGAUCCUAACAUUGUUGCUGAGAAGAAGAGUGAGGACGCCGAAGUGAUUUCAAAGAGAGAGUCAGACUUCCUCCGAUUCCUGCGAACCAAGGAGACCCCUCAAAACUUCCAAUCGAUCAAGAUCAUUGGAAAGGGUGCUUUUGGUGAGGUGAAACUGGUGCAGCGUAAGACCGACGGAAAGAUCUAUGCCCUCAAGUCUUUGAUUAAGACGGAGAUGUUCAAGAAGGAUCAGCUUGCGCACGUACGCGCCGAGCGUGAUAUUCUAGCGGACUCGAAGGACAACCCUUGGCUAGUGAAGCUGCAUGCUUCAUUCCAGGAUGCGGCUUAUUUGUACUUGCUGAUGGAGUUUUUGCCUGGUGGUGAUUUGAUGACUAUGCUGAUCAAGUACGAGAUCUUCUCUGAGGAUAUCACUCGAUUUUACAUGGCUGAGGUUGUGAUGGCCAUUGAGGCAGUCCACAAGCUUGGCUUCCUUCAUCGUGACAUCAAACCUGACAACAUUCUCCUUGACCGCGGCGGCCACGUCAAGCUCACUGACUUUGGUCUCUCGACUGGAGGCAAGAAGACCCACGACAACGCUUACUACCAAAAUCUUCUUAAGAACUCGACAUCAAAGGACCGCAACCGUAACUCUGGUUACUUCAACGAUGCCAUCAAUCUUACGGUUUCCAACCGUGGACAGAUCAACACUUGGCGAAAGUCUCGUCGUGCCAUGGCUUACUCGACCGUCGGAACCCCCGACUAUAUUGCCCCCGAGAUUUUCAAUGGUCAAGGUUAUACAUACCUGUGUGAUUGGUGGUCUGUUGGUGCUAUUAUGUUCGAAUGUCUUGUUGGAUGGCCUCCAUUCUGUGCCGAAGAUACUACGGACACAUACCGCAAGAUUGUGAACUGGCGUGAAUGUCUUUACUUCCCUGAUGAGCUGGUUCUCUCGCGUGAGUCUGAGUCCUUGAUCCGAAGCUUCCUCUGCGAUCCCGAACAUCGUGUUGGUAGCGAGGGUGGUCAACAUGGUGGUGCUACCCAAAUCAAGAACCACCCCUUCUUCCGAGGUGUGGUUUGGGACCAACUGCGGAACAUCCGUGCUCCUUUCGAGCCACGUCUCAGCUCAAACAUUGAUGUGUCUUACUUCCCGAUCGACGAGAUUCCGCAGGAGGAUACUAGCGCUAUCCACCGUGCUCAAGCCCGCGCUAUGCCAGAGUCUCAAGAAGCCGAGAUGAGUUUGCCCUUCAUUGGGUACACUUACAAGGCUUUCAAUGCUUUCCAGUCAACAUAG